GUAAAAAGGUGUGGAAAAGAGUAGUACUAGCAAGCCUUUAACGGCGAGUUCCAUGCUCAAAUGUGAAAGAGAAACCAAACAAAGAAAGAGACGUGGUGUUUUUUGGUCGCACAUGUGCACGGGACUUGCUUAAACUAAAGUUCGUUCCGUCCAAACCAAAUACGGGAGCUGACGUCACCGCCGGUCACAAUGCACGGCCAAUUGCCCUUGGGUCCAAAUCCGAUGCUUUUCACUCCCUCUCACUCAAUCCCAACCCCCCAAAACCUCCGGCGUGUUCAUUCAUAUUCCAAAUAGCCAGCCCACCCGACUCCACACAUGGACCGCCCGAGUCCGAAACCGACCACCCGGCCCCACCACGGUUCCGUCGGCGGCGGCGGCAGCGGGGGGCGGGAGGAUUGUUGGAGCGAGGGCGCCACGGAGAUACUGAUCGAGGCCUGGGGAGACCGUUAUGUCCAGCUCAACCGCGGAAACCUCCGUCAGAAGGACUGGAAGGAGGUCGCCGACACCGUCAACGGACGUCAAAACGGCGUUAAGCCGCGCAAGACGGACAUCCAGUGCAAGAACCGGAUCGACACGUUGAAGAAGAAGUACAAGCUCGAGAAGGCCAAAUCCCCUCCGUCCCAAUGGCCCUUCUUCUACCGCCUCGACUCGCUCAUCGGUACCAACGCCGUUGCCAAGAAGCCCCCCACGGUUACUUUCACCGUCAAGCCCUCCUCCAAGCCCAAACCCAACCCUAACCCUAACCCUAACUCUAAUCUCUUAGUUUACUCCGGUGCGGGGUCCACGGACAGUUCGCUUGGCGGCGAUGAUGAUGAUGAUGAUGUCGACGACGAGGACGAUGAUGAUGGUGGAGGUGUAGCGCUUGAUGGGAGGGUGUCGAGGAAGCAUCGGAUGGAGAGCGUAGAUUUGUCGGAUGGGGCGGCGUGUAGGGAAUUGGCAAGGGCGAUACUGAAGUUCGGGGAGAUCUACGAGAGGAUCGAGAGUUCGAAGCAGCAGCAGAUGAUGGAGCUGGAGAGGCAGAGGAUGGAGUUCACUAAGGACCUUGAGUUUCAGAGAAUGAAUAUGUUCAUGGACGCUCAUUUGGAGAUUGAGAAAAUGAAGCGCCCCAAGUACGCUCCGAGCUCAGCUUAAGGCCAUGUCUUCUCUGUAUUCUGAAGUUCAUGAUGCUGAUAAAGUUGGCGUUGCCUAGCAAUUAGUCUAAUGAGGUUCUUUUGUGAAUUUUGCAUACCUUGAACAGGGAAGAAGCAAUAAGCUGAGAUUGCAGGAAUGCUUCUCACUUUCAAAAGGAAGUGCAGCCUGGUGAUAUCUUUUGCAACCCGCUUUGGGACUCCUCUGUUUACAGAACAUGUCCGCCAUGAUAUAUUACUCAGCAGUUUCAAAUUCGAAGCUUUUGAAGAUGGUUUGCCAUCGUUGUAGUGUUAAGUGUACAUUAUUAGUUGUUUGGCUCUAAAUUUCAUGUACUUAUGAUGUGUUUUCUGUAUGAUUAUGACCUUGUUCUACUCAGAUCUGAGAGUUUUUUUUGGCGAACCAAUGAAUAUGUGAUUCGUGCAUUUCACAUGAAGGAAAGCUAUGUUGCUUCAA